AUGACAUUUCAGUCUGGUGAGCAAGUUUUUCUUAAAGUGUCACCUAUAGAGGGGGUGCUGAGAUUCGGUAAAAAGGGCAAGCUUAGUCCUCGAUACAGCGAGCCAUUUGAGAUUCUUGUGUGUCUAGGGCCAGUGGCUUAUAGGUUGGCUAUACCACCUUGCCUAUCUGGAGUCCAUCCAGUAUUCCAUCAGUCCAUGUUGAAGAAGUGUCAUGGGGACGAAGAUUACAUCAUAAAGUGGGACUCAGUUUCUUUAGACAAAGACUUUCAGUAUGAGGAGGAACCAGUUUCAAUUCCGGGUGACGAUGUCCAGAAGCUGAGGACCAAGGAGAUACAGUCCCUGAAGGACACAGCCCGUAGAAUAGUCUCAGCAUGA